AUGUCCAACGAUCGCUCAACCUCCCCCAUCUCCGUCCCCAACUCCGACGCCCGCCCACGUCGUGGCUCCCUCGCCUCUGGCCUCCCCUUCACCGACCUCUUCUCGAAGCAGAGCCAUCCCUCGGCUUCCCAGGCAGGGAACCCGGCGUCCACGUCGGCCAACCAGCAGCGCCGGCUCUCCAUCACCACGCUUGGUCUCUCUGGAUCCCCAACGCAGACCUCUGCGUUUGGAAAGGGUAAUCUUCGGCGGGGCAGCCUCUCCAGCUCCCUGGGGUCCAACGUCCCCGCCCCAGAAGAUGCCGUGGCGGAGGAUGCAGAGGGAGCCUCGCCGGGCACCACCCCCAGUUCCCCAUUUGCUCGGCGAGUCUCCUUUGGUGCACAAGCUCUACGUGAACAUCGUGCCGGAAGCAUAGGCAACGGUAGAUUUCCCCCCUCUGGUUCCUCCCUGGCAGAGUCCCGCCGAUCUGUGUCAUCGGCUACCCGAUCACCCGCAAGUAUCUCAGUUUCUCCCAAGGACGAGAGAUCUAACGCGUCGCGGCGACCCUUAGGCGAAGGCUUUAACUGGUCGGAAGCCCUGCGCUCCCGUGCGGAGCGUGCCCCGUCCAUCGGCGGCCCGGUCUCCCCGCAGAGCCAGCAGGCGGCCCGCCAGUCGGGUCACCAGCGGGCUGCCUCCAUUGCCUCCAUGGAGCAGCCCGCUCGGGAAAUUCCCAAGCAACCCAAACAGAAUAAGCCCGAUUUCUUCCAGGAGAAGAUCUUACGCGGCGAUUUUAUGGAUUAG